AUUUUGUGACUUAGAGCUUUGUUUUGUUGCUUUCGCCCCCUUAAAGCCUGCUUUGCUCCAGCAGUGUCUUAGCAGCUCUUGGGCAAAGCAGGCCAUUUUCUGUAGCCUAAAGCGCUUUGUUACUGUGCAGCCCCAUUUUGUGUUGUGUUGCCCUGACUAUGUCUUACACUGGUAGCUCUGAGUAUGCCUAGAUGUAGUUGAUUGAUGUUGUGGACUAAUUCUAGAACGCGGCUUUUUCCUUUUUUCGCCUCAUUUGCCCACUUCUAAGGGGAAAGCUGCAUCGUCCGGUCCUGGUUUGUAAUUAAAGAAAGUACCGGCUCGCAGCCAUCGGAUGAUCCGCCGGACUUUGAUGCAUUAAACCGACUACAAGCCGCAUUAUUUCCGCACACAGGGUGUCUCUGGAUUCUCUAAUAAUUUUUUUUGUCUGGCUAAAAUUAGAUUUUCCAUCGCUAACCAGCACAGUGUGACCGAAGGUCGACAUCACCCGACCCACUUAUUAUUAGAAACAUUUUGUUAAGGCAAAUUCUGCUUGUUCGAUGGUCGAAGGUGCGCUCGGUACUUUCCCACUGCGUGUCCGAAUUGUUUACCAAUCGUUUAUGCGCUAAGUGGCAACAGUCCGAUGCAAAUCGCUCGAGAGUUCGGAGUGUUAAAGCUCAAGUUCGCCCAAAACUUUGAGACAAUGAGCGAGGAAGCGGAAUGGUAUCAUUCAGUGAAACUUCUGCAAAGACUGGGCUACAAAAUGGCCAGCAAAAGAAAGGAAGCGACUGCGAGCGGGCCGAACAGCAACGGAAACAUAGUACAAAGCGUUGCAAAUAGCAAAGCGCCCACCAAUGAGGCGCAGAAGAAGCAGCGGGAAAAGGACCGGGUUGAACGGGAGAGUAUCGUCCUAUGGAAAAAGCCCGUCCAGACUAUGGAGUAUUUUUUAAGGGAGUGUCUGGAAUUGGGCACGCACUAUGGUAGAAACUUUUUAGCAAAUAGGACUCUAGUCGCUCUGUUGGGGAUCUCAGUAUUAUCGUUAUAUUUAUUAGUUAACAUGCAAGGGCCGCACCACGCCGCUGUCCAAGGUGUAUAUAGGAAAGUGCUGUGGUGCCUCUAUUGGACGGGAUUAGGUAUUCUGUCCUCAGUGGGCUUGGGCACGGGGCUUCACACGUUUCUCUUAUACUUGGGGCCUCACAUCGCGGCAGUCACAUUGGCCGGCUACGAAUGCGGCAGCCUCAACUUCCCCGAGCCGCCGUACCCUGAAGACAUUGUGUGUCCGGCCGAAGGCGAAGGAAGCACGCUUCCAGUGACUAUUCUAGCCAUUAUGUCCAAAGUGCGGCUGGAAGCAAUGUGCUGGGGGGCCGGCACCGCUCUCGGCGAGCUGCCGCCCUAUUUCAUGGCAAAGGCCGCGCGCCUAUCUGGAUUGGAGCCGGAGGACGAGGACGAUGACCUGAAAGAGUUCGAGGAGCUCCAGAAGAAGCAGCAGAACCGGGAAAAGCUCUCGAUUCUCGACAAGGGCAAGCUUUUCGUGGAGCAACUGGUGCAGAAAGUCGGGUUCUUUGGCAUCCUGGCUUGCGCCAGCAUCCCGAACCCGCUGUUUGACCUCGCGGGCAUCACAUGCGGCCAUUUCCUGGUGCCAUUCUGGACCUUCUUCGGCGCGACCCUGAUCGGCAAAGCCGUCAUUAAGAUGCACAUCCAGAAGCUUUUCGUCAUUAUUGCGUUCAAUGAGACGCUGAUCGAGACGGCCAUCCACUACCUGGUGUUGGUGCCGGUGAUUGGCCAGAAGCUUCAGGUGCCCUUCAAGGCCUUCCUGGACGGCCAGAAGAACAAACUGCACAAGAAGGCCACCAAAAGCGUGAAAGAGGCGGGCGGCAACAUUCUGGCCGCCGUUUUCGAAAAGUUCGUCAUAGUCAUGAUCAUCUACUUUGUGAUUUCGAUAGUGAACUCUUUCGCCCAGAGCUACCACAAGCGGAUACACAAGAGGAAGAACAGCAAGAGCAAGGAUUGAUUGUCUUUUCACCCGCUUACAAUGUAAAUAUCGAAACUUUCGCAAUGUCGAGUGCGCCCGGAAUUUUGCUCUAGGAACGUGUGUGUGUUAUCAAUUUAAAAACCUUAUCAUUCCUAUUUAUUAAACAACCAAGCCGUAGACGUAAACGAUUCCCUUUUUAGUGUUUAAUGCUAAUUACCUGUAAUUUGGUAGGUUUAAGUUAGCCAAUUCGUAGCGUACGUGAGAAUAGUUUGUGAUGCAAUUGAGUUUUUUAUAUCAUGUUUGUGAUAUUUCCUCCCAUCGUGCUGGCACGCAUGAGCAGUUGGGGGCUGAAGUUCGUCUUAAUGAAUAACUUACUCCCAGCUCGGGUGUAAGUCGAAGGAAUUAAAGCAAUUAUUUCCAAUCCAA